AAAAAAAAAAACUAAAAUUUCUUCUUCUUCCUUUUGAACUCACUUCUACUCUCUCAAUACACAAUUUUGUAUACAUUUAUGUAUGUAUGUGACUAUGUGUGUAAUGCCAUUUGCUUUUAUUGUUGCUUCCUCAUGAAGAAACGACAAAGUGAAAUAGUUAUAUCCAUCUUUUUUCCUUUGUUUGAUUGAAAAGAAUCUAUCUUUUUUUCUCUAUUGGAUCUUCUUAGCUUUCUACACCCUCUUUCACCCUCUUGCUCUUGAAUGUUCCUAUAAUAUUUUCAUAUCUUCUAUCUUUUUUGGUGCUCAACUUUUUAGUCUCACUUCAAAUAUUCAACCUUUCUUUAAGAGGGUGGUGUAUAAUAUUCUUGGAUUCAUCCAUCAAAAUCAAUAGUCUCAAAAUUCAUUAUUUUCACACUCACACUAAAAUUUUUAGCGCAUAAUGAUUUUCAUAAAGAUUCUGUAUGAUACUAAAAGGUAUGACUUUGAUAGAUUCUCAACUUUAUCUUAAUAAUCACACAAGUAAAAGAUUCUUGUUUCUGUUUUCUAUGUGACAUGUUGAUCAAAGUUGUAUAAUUUCCUCUUUUUUGUGGUUUUUUAUGUGUGUUUAAAACCAAACCUUUUGUAGUAGUAUUUGUGAUUUAAGGUAUGGAUUUGGAAACCCUUUAUUCUCCUUAUUUUAUGUUGGAUACAAAUUGGCUUGUUGAAGAGAGUUACCAAACAGAAUGGAGUAGAGAAGAUAACAAGAAAUUUGAAAGUGCUCUUGCUAUAUAUGAUAAGGAUACGCCAGAUAGAUGGCUUAAGGUUGCUGAGAUGAUUCCUGGUAAGACUGUGUUUGAUGUGAUUAAGCAGUAUAGGGAAUUGGUAGAAGAUGUGAGUGAAAUUGAGGCCGGAAAUGUUCCGAUUCCUGGCUAUCUUGCUUCUUCUUUCACCUUUGAAGUUGUUGAAAAACAAAACUAUGAUGGAAACAGAAGAAGGCAUGUCACUGUUAGAGGUUCUGAUCAUGAGAGGAAGAAAGGUGUUCCUUGGACUGAAGAGGAACAUAGACGUUUUCUGAUGGGACUUCUAAAGUAUGGCAAAGGCGACUGGAGAAACAUCUCGCGCAAUUUCGUCGUGACAAAGACUCCAACACAAGUAGCAAGUCAUGCACAAAAGUACUACAUAAGGCAAAAGGUUUCUUCUGGAGGGAAAGAUAAAAGAAGACCAAGCAUUCAUGAUAUCACAACUGUCACUCUCACAGAAACUUCUUCUCCAUCAGAAAACAAGUCUUUAUUAGUCAAUGUGUCUCCUAUGCAGCAGAAAAUGGGUUGGAGUACUAGCCACUACAAUGAUGGAUCACCACAAGGGCAGGAUCUUUAUGAUUGCUCUUUCCAUGAGGCUUAUGCUAAGCUGAAAGUUUCCGGUUUCGCAACGGCUUCUAGAGACUUCAACAAAGGAGCUGUUUUUGGUAUUCAUGCACUGUAAUGUUGAUGACAUGAAGCUACUUGGUUCAUGAACAUCAUGAACCUUAAAGCAAACUGCAAUAAUGUCUCGAUCCUUUAACAGAAUUUGGAGUGGACUUCUUUUGUUGUAUUUUUUUUUUCUUCUCUUUAUCUUUUAAGUAUGAUAGUGAUCAUGUCUAUCUUUUGGAGUACUAAUUUGUAUCAUAUGAUGUCCCAUUCAGACAUGCUGUGUCUCAAGAGCAAUAUGACAAACAUCACUAAUAAUUAAAUUCUAGUAUUAUCACAUUGAACAUGUAAUUUGCUUCUAAUAAUAAGUUCUUAUCUAAA